UUGUCCUUUGUUUCUGUUUGUAUCUGGGUGAACACAUAAUUAUUUUUCAAUGGCGAAAAAGACGUACGACUUGCUGUUCAAGCUGCUGCUGAUCGGCGACUCGGGUGUGGGGAAGACCUGCGUGCUGUUCCGCUUCUCUGACGACGCCUUCAACACAACCUUCAUCUCUACCAUAGGAAUAGACUUCAAGAUUAAAACUGUUGAAUUACAAGGAAAGAAGAUCAAACUACAGAUUUGGGACACAGCAGGCCAGGAACGGUUCCACACCAUCACCACCUCGUACUACAGAGGGGCUAUGGGCAUCAUGCUGGUCUAUGACAUCACUAACGCCAAGAGCUUCGAAAACAUCAGCAAAUGGCUGCGCAACAUUGAUGAGGUGAGAAACAGAAACUAAUGCAGCCAGCAGGAC